AUGCAGAUCAAGGGUUGCUUUCCUGACGUUGCAGAAGACGCUCAGCAAGAUGGUAACUGGGGCGGUGGCUCUGCCUACGACCAGUCGUAUGCGGCGUUGGGCACGUCGGAGGCUGCCACCGCUGCAUUGCGAGAAGGAUUUUGGUACCGCAUUGCGGGCGAAUGCGUGGUGUCCCAUCCGUCGCAAGCCUCACCAACAAACCGCUUUUUCGUCGUCGUUUCCGCCGACCAGAUCAGAUUCAAGAGCUUGAAGGCUUUCACACCCCCACAGAGAAGCGGCUGCACCACGCCCUGCCCUGGACAGCAGGCUGAGAGCCUCCGCAGAGCCACCGGGGGCUUUGGAGGUGCUUCACAGGAGAGUCUGAGCCUAAGUCUCUCUCAAGGAUAUACGUCUGGUACAUUUUCUUCGUCCCUUCCUUGCUCAUCUAGGCUGACCAUCCGGGCCAACCCGACAGAAGACGUCACGGAGCCUCUGAAAGACCCCCUCGAACUCCGCCGAGCUUCUUACCGGGUCGCCUCCUUGGAGGCACGAGCCGCACGACUAGAUGCUGAAGCAUCCCCCCGCACUGAAGUGCUCCAACUGUGGGCUGAGGCAGCGACAGUUCGGGAACAGGUGGCAAAGUCACAGCUGGAGGCGGUCAUUGGGGAUGUUAUGGGAGGGAUCAUGGGUGAGGGUGGUGAGGGCAGCUCACGGAGCCUCCCUGGUAGCGCACUCUGA